GCUUCCAAAACCCAAACACUCCCUUAACCCACUUGCCAACCCAACUCUCACUCCCGUCUCCUCCGACCCUCUCUCUUUCUCUCUCUUCUCGAUCUUUCCCCUCCAAUUUCCCUCUCUCUCUCUCUCUCUCUCUCUGCAAUUCCGUGUCUGACCAGCUUCGGGUCUUCGUCUUCUCAACAGGAACCAGAGAGAGAGAAACUGGAUCUACCUCCCUUUCUUCACAAUCUGCUCUUUUCCGUCUCGAUUCUUCUUCGCAAUCGCCUUUGAAUCUCCUUUUCUUUCCGACGCGGUUUUUCAGAUUUGUGUAUUUCUUCAUUUGUAUCUUGCUGUGAGGUGUUUUAGAUUAUUUCUAGGUUUGGUCCCGAGUUUCUGUGUUCUUCAGUAUUCUGUUUCCUUCUAGGGUUUAGUUCUUGAGGAGUUGCCAUGGUGGGUUCCGCGAGUCUGAACGGGUCUUCGCCGGCGAAGAAGUACGGCAUCACGAAGCCUAUCUCCUUUGCGGGUCCCACCGAUGCGGAUCUUCAACGAAACGUUGAAUUGGAGAAGUUCUUGAUUGAUUCGGGGCUUUACGAGAGCAAAGAGGAAACUUCGAAGAGAGAGGAGGUUCUUGGCCGUAUUACGGAGAUUGUAAAAGAUUGGGUGAAGCUGUUGACUCGGCAAAGAGGCUACACCGAUCAAAUGGUCGAGGAUGCAAAUGCUGCCAUUUUCACCUUUGGCUCCUACCGAUUAGGAGUUCAUGGGCCUGGGGCUGACAUAGACACCCUGUGUGUUGGGCCAUCCUACGUGAAUCGAGAGGAAGAUUUUUUUAUCGUUUUGCAUAAUAUCUUGGCUGAAAUAGAAGAAGUUACAGAACUUCAACCGGUUCCUGAUGCCCAUGUCCCAGUAAUGAAGUUCAAGUUCCAAGGAAUAUCAAUUGAUCUUCUUUAUGCGAGCAUAUCACGUUUGGUUGUUCCAGAAGAUCUGGAUAUCUCUCAUGGGUCUGUACUAUUUGACGUGGAUGAACAAACUGUCAGAAGUCUUAAUGGAUGCAGGGUUGCUGAUCAAAUUCUGAAACUUGUCCCCAAUAUUGAGCAUUUCCGGACCACACUCAGAUGUUUAAAGUUUUGGGCUAAAAGGCGUGGUGUUUAUUCAAACGUCACUGGAUUCCUUGGUGGUGUGAAUUGGGCUCUUCUAGUUGCUCGAGUAUGUCAACUUUACCCCAAUGCAAUCCCUAGUAUGCUAGUUUCUAGAUUUUUCAGGGUAUAUACACAGUGGCGAUGGCCAAAUCCUGUGAUGCUCUGUUCAAUUGAGGAGAAUGAACUUGGAUUCCCCAUCUGGGAUCCCCGUAAAAACCCUCGGGAUCGAUUUCAUCUUAUGCCCAUAAUUACUCCUGCAUACCCUUGCAUGAACUCUAGUUAUAAUGUUUCAACAAGUACUUUACGAGUUAUGAUGGAGCAGUUUCAAUGCGGGAACAAGAUCUGUGAGGAUAUUGAGCUGAGCAAAGUCCGGUGGAGUGCUCUGUUUGACCCUUAUAUUUUUUUCGAGGCAUACAAAAACUAUUUGCAGGUGGACAUACUUGCGGCAGAUGCGGACGAUUUGCUAGCAUGGAAGGGAUGGGUGGAAUCUCGACUUAGGCAGCUUACUCUUAAGAUAGAGCGAGACACAAAUGGGAUGUUGCAGUGCCAUCCUUACCCACAUGAGUAUAUAGACACAUCAAGGCCAUGUUCACAUUGUGCUUUCUUCAUGGGCUUGCAGAGGAAAGAGGGAGUGAGAGGUCAAGAAGGACAGCAAUUUGACAUUAGGGGUACAGUUGAUGAGUUUAGGCAAGAGGUAAACAUGUAUAUGUUCUGGAAACCUGGGAUGGAUAUUUAUGUUUCACAUGUUCGUAGAAAGCAGCUCCCCACUUUUGUUUUCCCCGAUGGGUAUAAGCGACCUCGAUUGUCGAGACAUGUAAUCCCACAGGCUAUAAAAACUUGUGAAGAUACUGUGGGGUGCCAGCCUUGCGCUACUGAAAAGAAGAGAAAAAAUGAUUCUGAGGCAGUGGAUGUGAAGUCAAUCAAACCAGAGAAGCGGGCUUCUAUUAGCCCACAACGGGUAGCUUCUCUUUCUCCAGAAAAUAGUACUAGUAGGUCUGGUGGGGUUGGAUUAGAGCGCCUUAGAACUGGUGUUGCACAUUUGAGCUCUGAGGUUGGGCCGUCUGGUGAACUGUUGGAAAGUGAAAAGCAUUUUGUUCAGAAUGAUGUGGAGAUGGUUCAAAAUGCCGUGCAAGAAUCUGUUUCUCUAAAAGAGCAGGGAUCUACAUGUGUGUCUAAUUUGCUUGGACAGGUUAAUGAGGUAAAGCCAGUGGAACUCGUGGAUAGGAUGGAGUCUGAUGUCUCAUCUGAGGUAUCUGUUUCAGAGCUCAAGGAAACACAUCAGGUUGGACUUGAUGGAGAAAGAGUUGGAAAUUUGGUUGACACUGAGUUUGGAAAUUACACCUGCCGGGAGGAUCCUGAAUUGGACAGAAGGUGCUGUUGAUGUCGACUGAGAUAUAGUCAAAGUAUGUAAUCAAACGACAAUGAUAGAGAAUGCUGAAAGUACGUUUAAGUCAAAAUCUAGUGUGAAGAACCUCAAUUGCGAGGUGAGUUUCUCCAUUUGAAGACUUUGGAUUAGGAAUUGUUGCGGAUGGCUGUGAGAAACUGGAAGUGCUGGAGAUAGUGAGUCAGGGAUCUUUGCAGGGUGAUGUUGCGGAUUCAGAUUUGCUUUCGGAUGGCGCCACCACUGUUUGUGUGGUACUUAAGAACCAAUUGUCAGAAGAAAUUAGAGGAACCUAAUCAAGUCUUGAACUCUUUGUUUGGUAUAGCCAAAUGUUGCAUUCGAUUAUGUUGCCAUUUCUCAAGAUGGAGCUAGGUCAGAUUCUAUAUUACAGAUAACAGUGACAAGGCAUGUCUUUGAAACUCAAUAUCUUUCUAUACCAGUCAUUAUAUCUUUAUACUGGCCUGGUUGGUUGUGUGUGGAUCUUCUGUAUCAGGUUAAGUCUGAGGUCCAGAGUGUAAAGAACAUCUGAGGUGAAUCAUAGAACAAGAGUCACUCAUGCGAAGAAGAAAGCCAGCACCUUGGUAAGUGCCUCAUUGAUUGGUGGCUUUCGUGGCUCUCAUUGUGGUUUUCCAGGUGUGGAUGUGCACAAGAUCAGGCGGACCUGGAGUGAAGGUUGGGGCUACCACCGACCUGACGCGCAUCUGGGCGGUCUAACUUAUGGUUUGAGAGAUUUAACAGGUGUUGGAUUUGCGAUGUUGUUGAAGCUGCAAGCACCUAAGAAGCUACAGGCGCAUGCUGGUGCUUUAAAGACUUCAUGGCCUUGUUGUUUGAGCUCUUUUUCUUGUGGCUAUAUAGCUUUACUGGUGUCGGAUGUACCCUAGUCUUUUUAUGAGAUUUAUAUUAACUUGGACAAAUUAGCAGCCAAGCUCAAUGCUUGGGCUGUAGAAUGGAUUCUCUCGUCUAACCCGCGUCUAUUGUAACAGUCUGUAUCUUGUUAGUGAAAAACAAUCGUUCAUUCCAA